GGCGGGUCCGUCAGCGCCGUGUUCUAAAGCGGAGUGGACCUGCGGACAGUGAGCGUGUUGGCGCGCAGAGGCGUGGGCACAGGGACGCAGUGAGACCAGAGAUCGGCGCAUUCCCGCGACAGGCACAGCAAAGCUGGGAACAGCAUCACAGUCGCAGAUCUGGCAAAGCGGCACCACGGGAACGUGUCAGUGUGCGCGAGGACGUGUGGCGUCUUACUCCCAUUAACUCCGGACUCCAUGCUACAAAAAAGGACACGGUUGCAGUUCCCUCGUGGAUUCAAAAGUUUAAAACUUAACUAGUUAUCCGCUCCAGGCUCCUGUGUACACGCGUGGUGACUGCGCACGGACAUGGCGCAAAGGUAUGAUGAGCUGACUCAUUACGGAGGCGCGAUGGACGGAGUCCCCGGCUCCAUGUACGGAGACCCGCACGCACCCCGGCCCCUACCGCAGCUCCACCACCUGAGUCACGGGGCUCCCCCACACCCGGCACAGCACUACGGAGCCCACGCUCCGCACAACAUCAUGGGCAGCUCCGUCAGCGACGCACUCAAGAGAGACAAGGACCAAAUCUACGGCCACCCUUUAUUCCCUCUGCUGGCUCUGGUGUUCGAAAAGUGCGAGCUGGCGACCUGCACGCCCCGAGAGCCCGGUGUGGCGGGAGGAGACGUCUGCUCCUCAGAUUCCUUCAACGAAGACAUCGCUGUGUUCGCAAAGCAGCAAACCUUCCUCAUGGACAAACUGAACCCAGCGUCCUGGAGAGACAUGGAUGAUUCCCAUUCCACUCCCUCUGUGGGUACUCCAGGACCAUCCAGUGGGGGACACGUUUCCCAGAGCGGAGACAACACCAGCGAACUUGGUGACGGCCUUGACAACAGCUUGGCAUCACCAGGCACGGGAGAUGAGGAUGACCAAGACAAGAAGAGACAGAAGAAACGAGGCAUCUUCCCCAAAGUGGCGACAAACAUAAUGAGAGCGUGGCUAUUCCAGCACCUUACACACCCAUACCCAUCAGAGGAACAGAAAAAGCAGCUAGCACAGGACACAGGUCUCACCAUUCUUCAAGUGAACAACUGGUUUAUCAAUGCAAGGAGGAGAAUAGUCCAGCCUAUGAUUGACCAGUCAAACAGAGCAGUAAGUCAGGGUACAGCUUACAGUCCAGAUGGCCAGCCAAUGGGAGGCUUUGUUCUUGAUGGGCAGCAGCACAUGAAUCUUCGACCUGGUGGGCCGAUGGGUAGCAUGGGUAUGAAUAUGGGGAUGGAUGGGCAGUGGCACUACAUGUAAAUUCACUCCACUGAGGCAAGCCUGAACAACAGGGUGAAGCCUUCAUGGUUGGCUCAGGGAUCUCCUUCUGGCUGCACAGAUCAGUUGACAAGUCACACUUCUGACCGUACAUCUACCUGACAGUACCACUCCCACGUCCUGCGUGCGCCUGUGGAGGAUCACCACGGAAACGUGUCAUCAACUCAGCCCACAGAUUUUCGAUGUGAGCCGAGGAGCUUUGCGUCUGCACAGGAAAUUAGAAGAGCAAUGACUAUAGAGAGGAAGAACCAAACAUAUCCUCUGUUUCAUUUUAAAUUAUUUAUUUAUUUUUCUACAAAGACAGACUUCUUUGUUUUUCCUGUCCACCCUCCCCAACACACACACCCCUACCUUUUGACCACCUCUUUAAAAAAAACUGUACAACGAAAAGCACACGCGCGCGCGCACACACACACACACACACACACACACACACACACCUUGAUGAGAAAAAAACCCAUAUGUUUCUAAAACGAUGGGAACUCGAUUGUGCUGUAGAGAUUUGUGCUCUUUGUUUGGCUCUUUCAGUCCAUAUUCGUGCUUGUGAUCUGUUAGACGUUAGACUGCAGCUCUUCUCACUGACACGUUUUGUAGCCAAGCUAAAAGCAAGAUUUUGUAAGAAAACUGUGUGAUUGUUUGUUUCUGCAUUUCUUUCUUCUGUUUGACAUCUCACAGUUUUUAGACUCCUGGAUGGAAGGAUCUGGAUGAGGGAAUAUGAGAUGAUGGUUGUGAGUUGAAUUCCUGACAAUGUUUAAAAUCAUUUUGUAGCACCAAAUCACGGACAACAAAUCUGCACUAAAAGUAAAUAAAGACUUUACGGAGGAAAGCAAAAAACGAGCACGGAGCAGAGCUUUGUGUUUUACUUGAACAGCGGGCCUAAGGAGAAAGCAGCUGAGGCCGCAGCAGCGGUUCGUGGAGCAGGUCACGUAUCUGUGGUUCGAUACGAGACGAAAUUGCAGUUGUCUCGUAUUAUUCGAUUGAUGGCGGCAGAGAUGAUGGAUGGGCGAUUUCAAGAAAAUCUGAAACAAGGCGGAAGCUCCAGCUUUCACUCCAAUAUGACUACUGUGGCUGCUGCUCUGGGUGUAUGUGUGUGUGUGUGAUAACACCCAUUAUUAGUAGGACAACAUCAUUAAAUUAAGCACAUAUGGAAUAAUAAAUAAAUACAUUAAUGCAGCGAACAGCUCGUUUAUCACUGUCAGCCUGCACCGAUUAUCUGCGCUUUGUACCGAAGAGCAGCAAACUCUUAAUACA